AUGUCCGAGGUGCCCCACUUCGUUCUCUACGAGCAUGCUGCUGGGUAUGCUCUCUUAAAAGUCAAGGAAUUCGAAGACGCGGCUCUCAUCGUCCAAGAGGUGAUUGUUGUUCUCAUUUUCAAGCUUGAUUCCCUCGCUUGUAAGCCGGGGGACUAGCCUUUGCUAAGUUCACUAGUAAAACGCGAGGAAAACCGUAGAGACAGUCAGACACCGUGAAUGUUUUGAUGUUUUCGGUCAUUGUGUGUCCCACAGUCAAUUUAAAGUUUUCUGAUCCUUUUUUCGUUCUUGUUUAUUAUCAUUUUCAAGAUUCGGUUUUCAGGUCGAUGCCGCUCAUGCCGAUGGCUACAAGUUUUCUCAAAUCAUUGAGCUCGCGUCUUUCGACCCGUUUAAGAACACCGAAGCCGCUUUGGAAAACUGCAACUCGAUCUCUGAAGGUAAACUGUGAUCUCCAAGGUUUGAUGUGGAUAGUAGUUCUUAGGUCUCGCGCAUCCUGAUCUCACUAACUUCCUUCAAAAAGCGUUGCCAAAAAAGAAAAAGAACGUUGUUCUCGGAAUCAAUGACUCAAAACUCGCUGGUUCGCUUACUGAAGCGUUCCCGGACCUGAAGUUUGUCUUCGGAGGUGUGAUUACUGAGGUAAUAUUAAGAUUCACUAUGAACUCUUCGGAGUUCUCUUGAGUCUGUUACCAAUGACGAAAAUCCAUUUCUAUGAGUUUAGAUUCUUCGCGGUACUCGUGUUCAUUUCGAACGCUUGGCUAAAAAUCUCCCACAUCAUUCCUUGUCGAAAGCUCAGCUUUCUCUUGGUCAUAGUUACUCUCGUUCAAAGGUUAGCAUUUAGUUCACACGCAGGCGGCAAGUUUACCAUUCUACAGGUCAAAUUCGACGUUCAUCGUGUCGACAACAUGGUUAUUCAAUCGAUUGCUCUGCUCGAUCAAUUGGAUAAGGACAUCAACUUGUUCGGAAUGAGAAUCCGUGAAUGGUACUCGUACCAUUAUCCAGAGCUCUUCCGUCUGGCUCCUGACCAGUACAAGUACUCUCGUCUCGCUGUCGCUAUUCUUGACAGAAACAAGAUGGCCGAGAAUGAGAACCUUGAGAACGAGAUUCUUGGUGAGUAGAGUGAAACUUCAAAGAUCACACAACAUCGAUUUAUUUACCUCUCUUAUAAGCCGGGGGACUAGCUUUUAUGUUAUGUUCACUAGUAAAACGUGAGGUAAAGCAUAGAGACAACCAGACACCGUGAAUGUUUUGACGUUUUCGGUCAUAGUGUGUCCCACAAUUUUGACAACAAGGGCUCAAUUUUCAGAGAUUCUGGACAACGAUGCGGAAAAGACUGCCGAAGUCAUUGAGGCAGCCAGAACCUCGAUGGGGAUGGACAUCUCUGACCUUGACUUGGAGAACAUCAAGAGAUUCGCCGGACGUGUCGCUUCUCUCAUGGAGUACAGACAACAACUUCACGAGUACAUCAAGGACCGCAUGGACCAUUGUGCUCCGUCGUUGUGUGCUCUCAUCGGAGAACAAGUCGGUGCUCGUCUCAUUUCGCACGCGGGAUCGCUCACAAACUUGGCCAAGUAUCCGGCUUCGACCGUCCAGAUCCUUGGAGCUGAGAAGGCUUUGUUCCGUGCCUUGAAGACUAGAUGUUAGUUUCAGACGCCUAUUUUGUCAAUCAAUUCUGAUCCUUUUCUUUAUAGCUAACACUCCAAAAUACGGACUUCUUUUCCAUUCGAGCUUCAUUGGAAAGGCUGGAACCAAAAACAAGGGACGUGUCUCGAGAUAUCUUGCCAACAAGUGCUCGAUUGCUGCUCGUGUCGACUGCUUCUCCGACACUCCAGUGUCGACCUACGGAGAGUUCCUCCGCCAACAGGUAGAAGAUCGCCUCGAAUACUUCACUUCUGGAACCAUCCCGAAGAAGAACAUCGACGUGAUGAAGGAGGCCGAAGAGGCUGCUGUUGAAGUCAAGGAGAAGGUAACAGUAGUAUUGUGUAUACAUUAGUAACGUCUCAUCUCUGCUUCUAGGUCCUCAAGAAGAGAAAGAAGGCUGCUAAGAAGGCCAAGCGUCUUUCCGAGGCUGCUCCAGCAGCUACCGAGGCGGAAGCUGAGGUCGACGAGGAGGCUCCGAAGCCAAAGAAGAAGAAGAAGAGCAAGGCUGGAGACGAAUAG